AUGCCGCGAUAUGAAAUGCCUAUAAUAAUACGCUGUAUGAAACAGCCGGAACAGUAUAUCGAAAUGUUGAAAAGAACAGCUUCGAGAAUUUUUAAUCAAGGCGGUGUAAUACGUAAAGUAGAAAAUUUAGGGACUGAUAGACUAUUGCCUUAUAGGAUAAGAGCUCACACCGUUUGGUACGAUAGAGGAAGCUAUUUCCUUUUCGAUUUCCACGGAGCGCCACCAAUUGUUAAGCGAUUGCAUAGUGAGCUGAAACUUGACGAAGAUGUAAUUAGACACUCCAUUGUAUCAAAUGAUGAUCCUGUGACCAUCAGUUUCAGAAAGGAAAAGAAGAUAUGUAGAAGCUUUAUCCAUAACAGCAUGAAUAUGAACUACGCUGGUCAACAACCAAUGAUGGUUGGUCAAGCUAAUCCUUGGACUAUCACCGCUGAACAACUUAAUAAUUACCAAAGAAUGUUCACUGGCUUAAAUCCCACCAAUGGCUAUUUAUCUGGUGAAAGUGCUCGAAACUAUUUCAUGCGUUCCAACUUGCCUUCUAAUGUACUGGCUCAAAUUUGGUAA